GUUUAUGUGAUUGCAGUGCAAAUAAAAUUUAGGAAAAUGACCGCAAUCGGAAUCGAUCUGGGUACGACCUACUCCUGUGUGGGUGUGUUCCAGCACGGUAAGGUGGAGAUAAUCGCCAACGAUCAGGGCAACCGGGUUACACCAAGUUACGUAGCCUUCACGCAGACGGAACGGUUGAUCGGGGAUGCGGCCAAAAGUCAGGUAGCGAUGAACCCCCGAAAUACGGUGUUCGAUGCCAAGCGGUUGAUUGGGCGGCGGUUCGACGAUCCAAAAAUACAAGAAGACCUGAAGCAUUGGCCUUUUACGGUGCUGGACGAGGCUGGUAAACCGAAGAUUUGUGUGGAAUAUAAAGGUGAGCGGAAAGUGUUUGCACCGGAGGAAAUCAGCUCGAUGGUGCUCACCAAAAUGAAAGAGACUGCGGAAGCCUUUUUGGGAUGCUCCAUCCAGAAUGCGGUCAUCACUGUCCCGGCGUACUUCAACGAUUCUCAACGGCAAGCGACGAAGGAUGCGGGUGCAAUUGCUGGAUUGAAUGUUAUGCGAAUCAUCAACGAGCCAACGGCUGCAGCCUUGGCAUAUGGAUUGGACAAAAAUCUCAAGGGUGAAAAAAACGUACUCAUUUUCGAUCUGGGUGGAGGAACUUUCGAUGUGUCGAUUUUAACCAUCGAUGAAGGUUCACUUUUCGAGGUUAAAACCACCGCUGGCGAUACCCAUCUCGGCGGGGAGGAUUUCGAUAAUCGUUUGGUUGGUCACUUGGCGGAGGAAUUUCUGCGAAAACACAAGAUUGACAUCAAAGGGAACCCAAAAGCACUGCGACGUCUUCGUACCGCCGCUGAGCGUGCCAAACGCACGCUAUCGUCCAGUACGGAGGCAACAGUUGAAGUUGAUGCUCUGGCAGAUGGAAUCGACUUUCACACUAAAAUUUCCCGCGCACGAUUCGAGGAACUUUGCUCUGAUUUAUUUAAAUCAACGCUGGAACCGGUAAAACAAGCGCUUAGCGAUGCCAAAAUGAGCAAGAAAUCAAUCCACGAUGUUGUUCUGGUUGGUGGCUCGACUAGAAUUCCCAAGAUUCGAUCCUUGCUGCAAAGUUUAUUCGAAGGAAAAGCUUUAAAUUUUUCGAUUAAUCCUGAUGAAGCCGUCGCUUACGGAGCUGCCGUCCAGGCAGCCAUUCUUAGUGGCAACACCGACAGUAAAAUCCAGGAUGUUCUGCUGGUGGAUGUUACGCCACUAUCACUCGGAAUCGAAACCGCCGGUGGUUUGAUGACGAAUAUUAUCGAUCGAAACAGCCGCAUUCCCUGUAAACAGAUGAAAACGUUUACAACCUACGCGGACAACCAACCGGGUGUCACGGUACAGGUUUACGAAGGUGAAAGAGCCAUGACCAGAGACAACAACCAUCUCGGUCUGUUUGAGUUGACGGGAAUUCCACCGGCACCGAGAGGCACACCGCAAAUUGAUGUUUCUUUUGAUUUAGAUGCGAAUGGCAUUUUGAACGUGACGGCCGUGGAAAAAAGCUCUGGGAAGAGUCGCAACAUAACGAUCAAAAACGAUAAAGGCCGCCUCUCGCAGCAGGAAAUUGACCGCAUGUUGUCCGAUGCCAAACGUUACAAGGUAGAGGACGACCGCCAGCGAGAAUGCAUUGCUGCUAGAAAUAAGCUGGAAUCGUACUGCUUUAGUUUGAAGUCUACUAUUGCCGAUUAUGGGGACCGACUAAACGAUUCGGAUAGGAAGAAGGUUCGAAAGCACUGCGAAGAAACGCUGAAAUGGCUGGAGCAGAAUAUGUCAGCUAAAAGAGACGAUUACGAACGUCAGUACAAGCAGAUAACGAAAGUUUGUGGUCCAAUUAUGUCGAAAUUGCAUCGUAGUGGAUCGAAUAAUACUACCAAUGGAGGUCCAACAAUCGAGGAAGUAGAGUAAUUUCCGAAAACGAAGAGACAAGUGUUUAAAAAACAUUGAAUCGAUGUUUUAUUUACCUUCAUUUUCAUUUAAAAAUCUAGCCAAAAUCAGAUCAUCAUUUCCAUCGAUUUCCAGUGCAUCUCUAGGGUCGACUUCAACCACUCGACAGUUGCCGUUUUGAAAGCGCCCCUCGCUAACCAGCAACGAUCGCCGGGCAAAGUAAAACAUUCCCGUUUCCACCAGUUCACCUGUCCAAUCCUGACGGCGUGGCCUACGCUCGGGAUCGAAGUUCAGUGGUGCAACUCUUCCGUCUGUUCCUUGCAUCUUCCAGCGCAGCUUGAAGCUUCGAGCGACACUGAAAACACAAUCCGAUGACCGGCGGUGAAAGUUUCGAAAAGCUUCCGCCAGGUACCGAACGCGCAGAAAAGGCGAUGUGCACUGUACCAAAGCCAGAUUCGCAAUCUCAGGGUGUUUGCUAAGGAACUCUUGCGUUGAUUCGAUCGAUGUCGAUUGAUCACGGGCCACUUCCGGUGGGCGGAAGUGAAUUAGAAUGCGAUCCAGGGGAAAAGCCGUUACCACCUCGUCGCUGAUUCGCUCAUCGUCCGUUGAAACCCAAAUCGAGUCGAACUGGCCAAAAGCUUCCAACGUUUGCAACGCUCUGACCAGCAACGAUUUGGAUCCAAUUUUGGCGAGAUUUUUCAGCGGAAUACCUUUUGAUCCACCUCGAGCUAGAAUCAGCGCUGCAGUGCUGCUGUUACUGUGGUGCGGUUGUAUUGCUUGGCAACUAAAAAUUGGACAGGUUUAUGUGUACUUUUUAUGAGUUGAAGUUGGUAAAGUUGAAUACUUACACGACAUGGCAGCUGACUGACUGGGAAUGGGAUGAAAAGCAGAUCACGAAAACGAUAACGAGCGGCACUAGCACGGUCAUCACUGUAUGCUGCACGGUAUUAAGUGAUGAAAAUUGGUCGCGCUUCAGAUUGGUGUUUAUCUCAUUGGGGUACUUAACAGGUCAGAUCAAUACUUCAGAAUGCUUCAUACAUUUUCAAAAAGGCAUUAAGAAAGUCAAAAAGGUAAUUUUUAAAUAGGUAAUAAUUUUUUAGACAUUGGUAAUUGUUUGUUUACCUAUCGCCGAAAAAAAGCGAAAUCGCAAAAGUUUGAUGACCCCUAAAUAACCUCCCAAAAAAUUUAGAAUACACUUUAGCAUAACUUUAAACCAAAAUCCAGGAAAACUUCAGUACACUUUACUCUUUAUUCGUAGAAAUUUGCAUUUGCUCUUACCACAAUCAUAUGAACUUUCGUGUUCUACAUCUCUAAAUGCUACCAUUAAAGUUUGUUUUGUGUGUGUGUGUAUUUUGAUAAAAAUUAAAACUUUCAUCCCAUUUUCGAUCUAUUUAAUUGUCG